AGGGGAACUGGCACGUCAAAAGAAGCUGAUUAAACCACACUGCGUCAGAGGGGAUUAGAUCGAGUAGAGGGAGAGAGGCUGGAACAGUGGAAGGGUUUCAGAGCAGGAGUUCAGUGGAGAUGAACCGUAUAUUUCGUGUUGUGUUGCUGUGCGCUGUGUGUGGCCUCGGCAGUUCAGUUCCAACAGCAAUCUCUUAUGUCCCUGAAAUUGUGUCAAAUACUGUACUAGGGCGAAUCACACAAACAACUGUUGCACUUGAACAGCCACUCUGUGUGUUUAACAGUUCAGACACAGGUUGUGUGAUAUGUGAUGUUUGGCUGCUCGUGGCUAAUGCAUCUGGAGUUGAAAGAUUUAACAGUAUCAAAAAUGAGAAUGUGGAUCCUUCAACUUUGACCUUCCAAGAUGCUUUCUCUGGAUCAAAUGGUUUUUACCUCACUGUUAAAACAAAAAGAAAUGUUUAUUCUUGUCCAUCAACUGUUGUGCCUGGCCAGAUCUUAACUUUGCGAGUUGGGGCAGAAGUACCCUGUACCACUCCGAAUUGCAAUGCACCUUUACCUACUGGUGGAACAUUCCGAAUGAAGUACGUUUUGAUUAAUCCUGAUACCACCAACGCACCCAAUAUUGUUGCAGAAACUGAAUUUACAGCCGAGAUCAUGCUGAAAAGUGCUACAGAUCCCAAUACUAUCGUCCCGUUCUCACGUCGCACUGGUGGAAUGGUUGUCAUAACAACAAUACUCUCCAUUCUGCUCUUCCUGCUGUUGGCAAUGUUUGUGGCCAUGCUCGCCAUGGUCUGUUGCAAAAAAUCCAUGUCGUCUGACUUCCCUGAACAUCUCACCAGGUUUGACUCCCUCCGACGGUACAACACUCACAGCUUGCAGAAAAACCCAGGUGUCGUUUCUCCAAAGGGCAUGUGAAGCAGUCUCUAUGGUCCAACCACAGACUGUCUGUACGAACAGAAAUCUAGCAGCCUCAUUCCUCCUUGUCAAUCUCUCCAACUACCCAAUUUCACAAUUACAGUGGAACACUCAUGUAACUAUGAUGGUGUUUGGAAUGAUGAAGUGUCUUUACGCUGAUGAUUCAAAUGUUGAGUGUGAAAUCCUUAAAGUUAAUGUUUUCUCUUUUUUUUUCAUAGUGCCAGUGUUCAUUCUGAAUAUCAGUGCAAUAUAAAAUAUUGAUAAAAUCAAAUAAAUUUUGUUGAAGAUUUUUGUCUUGCACUCAACAGAACAUAUGCAAGAAUAACAACAAAGCCAAGAGGGACAACAAUUUUAUACUGUCUGAGAAGACUCUGGUAGAAGCUUUAGCAUGGAGAGUUACCGGUUAGAUGAUGACUGACAGUUAACUGCCAAGUUUUAAAUUUAAAUCAUGCAUUGAUUCUGAUUGCCUUGGGAAUGAAUCAAAUUAUGUUUUAGGAUUGCAAGACAAAAAACUUCAAUGAAAUAUCUUUUGGUAAUAUUUUACUGAACAAAAACAACUAUUUGCAAUAUGAAGUAUUAGAAAAUCUUUAUCUUUGCAGUGGAGGAGUAAUUGUUUGAGCCCUUCUUCCAAUCCCACUCCACGCCUAGCUGCUGUUUUGGCUUCCAGGGCACUGUUUGAAUUAUUACCCCAAAGGAAUACAAGGUUGUGAUAGCAGAUUCUGAUUCCCGCCAUUGUUUCAAUUAGAAGCUAAAACAUUCACAAAUUCAAAAGAUUAGAGUUGGAAACUUUUCUUUCUGUUCUUCCCAUAGCAUUUUGCACUUUUCCACCAAGAAAGGGAGGAAGGGGCAUUAAAGAUGCUGUCCAAAUUUUAUCCUUCCAGCAUAUCUGAGAUGUUGGUUUUCCUAGGAAUAAGGCUUGUAGCUGAGUCCAAAUGGCAGUUACUGACUUAUGAGAAAUACUUUCACUACUUUGAGAGCCUGAAGCCCAGGUAAAGGCCCCUUUGUGUCUGGGUCAUUGUGCUAUGGUGAGAAUUUGAUGCAGAUGGUUUUACCUUGAUGUCUUGUGGAUUAAGAACACAUUCUACCCCAUGGGUCAAGCAUUUCCUCCUCUGUUGCUGCCCUGGUUUCUCUGUCAUCAUUCCAUCUUUUGCGUAUUAUGAUUCUUUUUCCAUUUGAAAUAUUUCUUGCAUGGUAAUGUCUUUUAGCUUUUUUUAAAAAAAAAAACAUAUGCUGCUAGAUCAAUUAAAUGUUCCCGAUGCAGAACUUCACAGAACAGGAGUGCAUAUAUGAGUUUGAGAUGGGAAAUCCAGUUGGUUAUGCUUGAUCUCCACACCCCAUUCCAGUCGUGUGUAACUCUGCUGUAGAAAACUAUUUAAUAGUUUUAAAUUUGGUUGAAAAAGUUAGAUGUUGAGGGUGUCCUCCUGUUUUCCAAUACUUUGAAACAGAGUUCCCAGAGGAAGUGGUAGAUGUGGUACAGGUGAGUAGGAAAAGUUUUCUAGAGGGGUGUGGGAGUAGCUUAGUUUGGGAAAUUUCGUCAGCAUGGACGAGUUGGACUGAAGGCUCUGUUUCCAUGCUGUGUGAGUCUAAGUCUCAACCUGAAAGGCUUGGAACAUAAACAUCUUUGCAUCUGAAACCAAAAUCUAGGAUCCAAUUAGUUUAGUAGAGAUUUACUUUAAGAUUCAAGGAGUUUGGCAGCCAAUUGUAUAUGUUCUGUCGAAAGCAAAAUUUUAUUCCUCACUUAAUCCUUCCAUUUUAAACGUGAUCUCUGACCCUUUGCUUUAAUGCUCUUAACUGUGAAUACAUUUGAUCUUCACAUGUUUAGGGCAUUGGCACAAUAUUAGCAGGAUAGCAUAGGCACUGAAUUUUGAUGACAUCAGGAGUUCUCAUUAUUAUAAUUUUAUGUAUAAAUUCAAUUGAAUAGCCAAAGAGCUCUGUAUAUAACACACCCAGCUUUACACUCCUACUGUGUUUAAGAAUUUCCCUGAUACUUGAGAAGGGACCUUGGUGUUGUCCCACAAACUGCCACACUCAGACUUUCCCACAAGGUACGUUCAGUCAGUGAUGCCUCCCAAAGCAGGUAGCCAGCUCAGAUAAUCUCCACCCCAACAGCAAGGGGACAAGUGAAGGCUGUUGUGUCACUGUUACUGAUUUGACAUGGAGGUCAAGGAGAAAACAGUCCCCUACCCUAACUCCAGAGUCAACAGACUGGAAUACAGUGUGAGAGAAAAUUCAUUCAAUAUAUGAAGCAAAAUAAUGCCUUUAUAGUGAAUGACCUUUGAGGGUUUAUCCAAAAUUCUUUGGAAAAGGACUCCCUUUAGGAAUGGUCAUGAAUAGCAUUGAUAAACUAACAUUAUCCUUUAAAAUAAAUUACAAAUAAAACCCUACCAACAUUAGAAAACGGACCAAGUUUGCAACUGUUUACUGCCUUGUCAUGAUGAAGAAUUACUACAGAUGAACAGCAAUUAAAACAACAGGUGGGGUGAGUUGGGUGGGGUACACAAGAGUUGGGGUACCAACAUUUUUGGUGUUUGGAGUUAUCACAUCAGUUCUAGAAAGCCCUUUGACCCCACUUUACUUUGAAUCUCAUUUGAAAGCAGAAACUGAGAAACUGUAUCAUAGGGUUCAGUGACUUUUGGAUACACUUAAAAUUAAUGUGUCAAAGAAGCCCACACAAUACACCCCCAGCAGAAAAGACUGAUGUUGGAUAGACUGAGCUGUCCAUAGAACUGCCUUGUUUUAAAAUAUCUUAUUUCUUUAUAAUAAUAUUGUAUCUAUUACUUUUAUAUAUUGUUAUAUUAUUGAAAACCUUUUGACCAAUCUGAAUAUUGUGGGGAAUAUGUAAGUUUGUUCUGAAUACAAAAUGAUUAAACACGAAAA